AUGACGUCUACUCUUGAUGAUAGCGAAAAAGAAAAGGUACGUUAUGAGCGAUGUACUCGAAUAACGUCGAUUCGUAUUCGUUUGCCAACUAACGUUACCUAGCUAUUUGGUUAAUGUUAAUUAGCCAGCUAACUGCUAGCUGUAACCUAUAUUUUAGCUAGCGAGAAAGUUUGAGAUCCUCACUUGCUUAAAACGCAACUGUGCAGUAUUUAGGUAAAGUUAUUCAUACAGUCAGCUAUCUAUGAUAACUUUAGCUGGCUAGCUAAUAAACUGAAAAUAAGGCUGCCUGGCUAGCUAAAUUAGUUAUCGAGAGGAAUCAACAGUUGCAGUCUGUUGAAAGCAACAGUCAGUAACUUAUAACGUCAACUAGUAUUGGAGACGGAAUAGAAAGCAUUCUACCACCAUCUUUGGCAUUGGCCUAACUGGCUAGCUACUUCACAGAUGAAUAUUGUUGUCACAAAAUGUCUUAUCCAUUAUUGUAUUGUCACCACCCCAGGCUACUUUAGUUUUACCAUACAAUACUUCAUAUCGUAGCCUCUAAAUGUUGUUCUGCCUCUGAAUAGAGAGCUGGGCUUUUGCACUUCCUCAAUAACGUCAGGCCAGGCUCGCUGGUUUAAUUUUCCGCUCUUGCUGUUUCCCCCAAUUACUGUUUUGAAUUAUAUGUGCCUAGAGGGCUAUUGAUUUUAGAAUAUGGAACACAGACCACUCAUCUAACCAUUGCAUUUGGCAACGUGGCAGUAACAGGCUAGUAUUGUCCUGGCCAAUGACAGAAGAAUUCAGAUUGCGUACACAUGGACUGGCGUGGAAUUGGACAGGCCUGUGGUUAUUUUAGUUUCUGCUAAAAAAAAAAAUCAUUUCCUGUGAGACUUUCCAGAGGAAACUUCCUCUGCUUUAUUUCGGUUGACUCUGCAAAGCUGAGUAGCAGAGUUCAGGUAGUAGUAUGGUGGAACUCUACUGAGGCUCAGUGGAUCAUUCACACAGAGAGUACUGGCUAAAUUGAUAGAGCAUGGUGCUUGCAACGCCAGGAUCGUGGGAUCAGUUCCCGCUGGGGCCACCCAUACGAUCAAUGUUUAUCCUACUUAAACAGAAACAGCUGUUCAGAUGGGAGAAAUUUAGCCUUGACAAUAAUGACCGUAGGGAGUGGUAAGAUGCCACAAACAGAUCUGGGACCAGGCUAGGAGAAAUGUGCACUAGCAAGCAUACUCUUGGGAACACUGACCCUUUUGGGAAAUUAUCUGGAGUUAUUGCUUCAAGUGUGUGUGAUUCAAUCCCAAGGAUGAGUCACAUCACUGGACUUUGAAUUCAGUGAAGAGGAAUGGGAGUUACCUGUAAUCCAAUCUAAAGUGAAAGAGAGCCUUCAUUUGUGUUAUGCAGGGCUCAAAACUGCGACCAAAACACUCGCAUUUGCGACCCUUUGACUUGGCUGGUCAUAUUAGCUUUUGGUUCACAAUUUGCUUAUUUUUAUAAAUUACCAUGAUGUAUUCAAAAGCUAAUGUGCAAUUGACAAAAAAUAGCCUAAACCAUAUAAAAGUAUUUGCCUGUCGGCUGCUAUGUCAGUGUGAGCGAGCUAUUCCCUUUCCCUACUGUGCUAACGGAGGAGAGGCGUGCAUUCUAAUAAGCGUAACUGUAUGACCGUUGCUGAAAAUGCAAUUGCGGAAAAAAUACAGUUUUCAAAGCAACUACUGCUCUAGUUACAGAGAGGAGAGUCGCAGCUUUCUGUGAGUAUAUAAUUUAUUUCUCAGUAUUGAGUUCAUGGCACCACUGUAGCCUAUGUAGUAUAUGGUUUUGAUUCGACCGCAGACGCAGCCAAGCAGAGCGUGCCGUUAUCAAGUAGCCUGUAUAGGCCUAGCGCUGGAAGUUUUUGUAGGACAUUACAUUUACUGAUAGAUUAAUCAGUUGGCCUACAUGGCUAUCUAGCAACAUUCAUAUUUAUAAUUAGUAAUCUUGCUAAGUGUUUUGAGUUCCCACUUUCUCAGGUGGUGAGUAAUAUAGCCUAGGCCAAUAUGAACAAGAUGCCAAAAAUAAAUCUGGUAAUUCUGGAUCCUAUUUCGACAGGUUGCCCAUCAAUAAUGCAUUCCCUGGAUAUGUUAGAUGAAAUAGUUUGCUUUUUAAAUCAUAGGCUACCAUCUCAGUUGUCUUAUCACUGGAAAAAAAUGGUCUACUGGCUACUGUUGAGUGGACAAAAAGACACCUAUCAUUUGUCUUGGUUAGCCUACUGUAGACAUACAGUGGGGGAAAAAGUAUUUAGUCAGCCACCAAUAGUGCAAGUUCUCCCACUUAAAAAGAUGAGAGAGGCCUGUAAUUUUCAUCAUAGGUACACGUCAACUAUGGAGAAAAAAAAUCCAGAAAAUCACAUUGUAGGAUUUUUAAUGAAUUUAUUUGCAAAUUAUGAUGGAAAAUAUGUAUUUGGUCAAUAACAAAAGUUUCUCAAUACUUUGUUAUAUACCCUUUGUUGGCAAUGACACAGGUCAAACGUUUUCUGUAAGUCUUCACAAGGUUUUCACACACUGUUGCUGGUAUUUUGGCCCAUUCCUCCAUGCAGAUCUCCUCUAGAGCAGUGAUGUUUUGGGGCUGUCGCUGGGCAACACGGACUUUCAACUCCCUCCAAAGAUUUUCUAUGGGGUUGAAAUCUGGAGACUGGCUAGGCCACUCCAGGACCUUGAAAUGCUUCUUACGAAGCCACUCCUUCGUUGCCCGGGCGGUGUGUUUGGGAUCAUUGUCAUGCUGAAAGACCCAGCCACGUUUCAUCUUCAAUGCCCUUGCUGAUGGAAGGAGGUUUUCACUCAAAAUCUCACGAUACAUGGCCCCAUUCAUUCUUUCCUUUACACGGAUCAGUCGUCCUGGUCCCUUUGCAGAAAAACAGCCCCAAAGCAUGAUGUUUCCACCCCCAUGCUUCACAGUAGGUAUGGUGUUCUUUGGAUGCAACUCAGCAUUCUUUGUCCUCCAAACACGACGAGUUGAGUUUUUACCAAAAAGUUCUAUUUUGGUUUCAUCUGACCAUAUGACAUUCUCCCAAUCCUCUUCUGGAUCAUCCAAAUGCACUCUAGCAAACUUCAGAUGGGCCUGGACAUGUACUGGCUUAAGCAGGGGGACACGUCUGGCACUGCAGGAUUUGAGUCCCUGGCGGCGUAGUGUGUUACUGAUGGUAGGCUUUGUUACUUUGGUCCCAGCUCUCUGCAGGUCAUUCACUAGGUCCCCCCGUGUGGUUCUGGGAUUUUUGCUCACCGUUCUUGUGAUCAUUUUGACCCCACGGGGUGAGAUCUUGCGUGGAGCCCCAGAUCGAGGGAGAUUAUCAGUGGUCUUGUAUGUCUUCCAUUUCCUAAUAAUUGCUCCCACAGUUGAUUUCUUCAAACCAAGCUGCUUACCUAUUGCAGAUUCAGUCUUCCCAGCCUGGUGCAGGUCUACAAUUUUGUUUCUGGUGUCCUUUGACAGCUCUUUGGUCUUGGCCAUAGUGGAGUUUGGAGUGUGACUGUUUGAGGUUGUGGACAGGUGUCUUUAAUACUGAUAACAAGUUCAAACAGGUGCCAUUAAUACAGGUAACGAGUGGAGGACAGAGGAGCCUCUUAAAGAAGAAGUUACAGGUCUGUGAGAGCCAGAAAUCUUGCUUGUUUGUAGGUGACCAAAUACUUAUUUUCCACCAUAAUUUGCAAAUAUAUUCAUUAAAAAUCCUACAAUGUGAUUUUCUGGAGAAAGAAAAUCUCAAUUUGUCUGUCAUAGUUGACGUGUACCUAUGAUGAAAAUUACAGGCCUCUCUCAUCUUUUUAAGUGGGAGAACUUGCACAAUUGGUGGCUGACUAAAUACUUUUUCCCCCCACUGUAUCGAUAUCGUCUGAAAAGCAGUCUGGUUUAAAGUGACAAUUGCCUAUUUUGAGAUGUAAAAAAAAAUCUUUAAAUGACAGGCGUACUUUAGAAACAAAUUAUUUCCAAAGAAUAGAGUAAUGGCUUACAUUACUAAAUUACACUGAGCUCCAAAAGUAUUCAGACAGUGACAUAUUUUGUUGUUGUUGUUUUGGCUCUGUACUCCAGCACUUUGGAUUUUAAAAAAAUGAAAAUGUAAAAUGAUACAAUGACUAUGAGGUUAAAGUGCAGACUGUCAGCUUUAAUUUGAGGGUAUUUUCUUCCAUAUCGGGUGAAUCAUUUAGAAAUUACAGCACUUUAUGUACGUAGUUCCCCCAUUUUAGGAGACCAAAAGUACUGGGACAAAUUCACUUAUGUGUAUUAAAGUAGUUCAAAGUUUAGUGUUUGGUCCCAUUAGGAUAAAGUAAUCCUUCUACCCCCCCCCCCCCCCCCCCCCCCCAAAAAAAAAAUGGUAAAGUGGUUAUCCCACUGGCUAUAGGGUGAAUGCACCAAUUUGUGAGUCGCUCUGGAUAAGAGCGUCUGCUAAAUGACGUAAAUGUGCCCUUGAGCAAGGCACUUAACCCUAAUUGCUCCUGUAAGUCGCUCUGGAUAAGAGCGUCUGCUAAAUGACUAAAAUGUAAUGUAAAUGUAAUAUACCUAGCACGCAAUGACUACAUCAAGCUUUUGACUACAAACUUGUUGGAUAUUUUUUCUGUUUGUUUUAGUUAAAUAAUAAUAAUAUGCCAUUUAGCAGACGCUUUUAUCCAAAGCGACUUACAGUCAUGUGUGCAUACAUUUUUACGUAUGGGUGGUCCCGGGGAUCGAACCCACUAGCGUUACAAGCGCCAUGCUCUACCAAUUGAGCUACAGAGGACCACUGUAGUUGUUUUAGAUUAUUUUGUGCCCUAUAGAAAUGAAUUUUAAAGUCACUUUUAUUGUAAAUAUAGAAUGUUUCUAGACACUUCUACAUUAAUGUGGAUGCUACCAUGAUUACGGAUAGUCCUGAAUGAAUCGUGAAUAAUGAUGAGUGAAAAGGUUACAGAUGCACAAAUAUCAUACCCCCCCCAAAAAAUACUAACCUGCCCUGUUAUUGUAAUGGUGAGAGGUUAGCAUGUUUUGGGGAUAUGAUAUUGUGCUUCUGUAACUUUUCUCACACAUCAUUAUUCACAAUUAAUUCAGGACUAUCCGUAAUCAUGGUAGCAUCCACAUUAAUGUAGAAGUGUUUAGAAACAUAUUCUGUUCUUAUUUACAAUAAAAGUUCAUCCAAAAUGAUACAUGCAUUAUUUACCAUUCAUUUCUAUAUGGCACAAAAUAAUCUGAAACACAACCAAAACAAACAGCAAAUUAAUUCAACAAGUUUGUAGAGUCACAAGCUUGAUGUAAUCAUUGCGUGCUAGGUAUAUGGGACCAAAUACUAAACUUUUGUCUACUUUAACACACACAAGUGAAUUUGUCACAAUACUUUUGGUCCCCUAAAAUGGGGGGACUAUGUACUAAAAGUGCUUUAAUUUCUGAACGGUUCACACUAUAUGGAUGAAAAUACCUUCAAAUUAAAGCUGACAGUCUGCACUGUAUCAUUUCAAAUCCAACGUGCUGGAGUACAGCGCCAAAACAACAACAAAUGUUUCACUGUCCCAAUACUUUUGGAGCUCACUGUAUAUAAUGCAGCUUUUAAAUACCUAAUUGAUUAAUAACUAAAUAUAGCCUAUUACUAGCUGAAUAUAGAGAGAAAGCAUGCACCCCAAUGCAUUUAUAAACUGCCAGUGAGAAAAAAAAGUUAGCCUUGAACCUAGUGUAAAUCUAUCUAAAUCAAUGUAAGAACAGAAGGUCAUGCUAAUUUAAAAGAUGGCUAGUCAUUAUUAGCCUGGUUUUGUAUGGAAUGCAGGUACAUUAUGGGACACAGGUCGGCAGGGGCAAAAAAAUUGGUGCGAUCAAAUCAUGUGCUGGUGCCAUCAACUGCAAAAGUUGGUACCACCAGUGGAAACAGUUAGUCUAGAACCUUGUUCUGUGUUAGGCCUACCUGUAUUCACCUCUCUCUCCACUCUCUCUCUCUGUCCUCUAAGGUCACAUUCAAUAGCACAUGAGUAGCCUAAAUCAAGGAUUUCGAGAAUAUGUUAGGGAGUCGGGACUAGGUAGCCCUGAGACAUGGCUAUAGGAAUCUACUGUCAUGUCUCAAAGCUAAGGACUAGGCGAUUUGUUCUUCAGGCCUCAAAUAGCCUAUAUACUGAUUCCCCUUCCUGUGAAUGCCAUUGUCCAUAAUGUACAGAUGAAGGAUUCUGCCAACUGGUAGGCCUAGUUGUGAAAGUUGACCUUUGUCCUUUACCCUGUUCCCCCUUCUCUUAGGUGCGCUCUGUGUCUGUGGACCUAAACAACGAUGCCUCUCUGCUCAUCGACAUUCCUGAUGCACUCUGUGAACGUGACAAAGUCAAGUUCACUGUCCACACCAAGGUAAAAACAGCAACCCUACAGUUUCAAUUCCCAAGCUAAGGGUCACCGCUAGUUCCCUCACUUCCCUGUCAGUUAUUCGAGUAAUAUAGUCCUAAUGUUAUUAGUGUGCAGCAGGCUCGAACUACAGCUUAUGUUGUUUCUAUGUCAAAUGUAGUUGUCUUACCUACCUUAGUUGAAUGCUGCACUGACUGUAUGUCGCUCUGGAUCAGUGUCUGCUAAAUUAUCAAAAUGUGUGUGUGUGUGUAUAUAUAUACAGUGCCUUCGGAAAGUAUUCAGACCCCUUGACUUUUUCCACAUUUUGUUACGUUACAGCCUUAUUCUAAAAUGGAUUAAAUAAAAAAUUAUCUUCAGCAAUCUACACCCAAUACCCCAUAAAUUUUAGCAAAUGUAUAAAAAACAAAACAUAAAUACAUUAUCUACAUAAGUAUUUAGACCCUUUGCUAUGAGACUCGAAAUUGAGCUCAGGUGCAUCCUGUUUCCAUUGAUCAUCCUUGAGAUGUUUCUAUAACUUGAUUGGAGUCCACCUGUGGUAAAUUCAAUUGAUUGGACAUGAUUUGGAAAGGCACACACCUGUCUAUAUAAGGUCCCACAGUUGUUAGUGCAUGUCAGAGCAAAAACCAAGCCAUGAGGUCGAAGGAAUUGUCCAUAGAUGCUCCGAGACAGGAUUGUGUCGAGGCACAGAUCUGGGGAAGGGUACUAAAAAAUGUCUUCAGCAUUGAAGGUCCCCAAGAACACAGUGGCCUCCAUCAUUCUUAAAUGGAAGAGGUUUGGAACCACCAAGACUCUUCCUAGAGCUGGCCGCCCGGCCAAAUUGAGCAAUCGGGGGAGAAGGGCCUUGGUCAGGGAGGUGACCAAGAACCCGAUGGUCACUCUGACAGAGCUCCAGAGUUCCUCUGUGGGGAUGUUUUUCUGCGGCAGGGACUGGGAGACUAGUCAGGAUCGAGGCAAAGAUGAACAGAGCAAAGUACAGAGAGAUCCUUGAUGAAAACCUGCUCCAGAGCACUCAGGACCUCAGACUGGGGCGAAGGUUCACCUUCCAACAGCACAAUGACCCUAAGCACACAGCCAAGACAACGCAGGAGCGGCUUUGGGACAAGUCUCUGAAUGUCCUUGAGUGGCCCAGCCAGAGCCCGGACUUGAACCUGAUUGAACAUAUCUGGCGAGACCUGAAAAUAGCUGUGCAGCAACGCUCCCCAUCCAACCUGACAGAGCUUGAGAGGAUCUGCAGAGAAGAAUGGGAGAAACUAUGCUGUAAUCGCUGUCAAAGGUGCUUCAACAAAGUACUGAGUAAAGGGUCUGAAUACUUAUGUAAAUGUGAUAUUUCCGUUUUUUUUUUGUAAUAAAUGUGCAAACAUUUCUAAAAACCUGUUUUUGCUUUGUCAUUGUGGGGUAUUGUGUGUAGAUUGAUGAGGGGGGGGGAAAAAACAAUUUAAUCAAUUUUAGAAUAAGGCUGUAACGUAACAAAAUGUUGAAAAAGUCAUGGGGUCUGAAUACUUUCCGAAUGCACUGUAUUACAACCGUGAUAAUGCACUUAAAAUGGAGCUUGACUUGAAUUGUCUUGUCUGUCAGACCACCCUGAGCUCCUUCCAGAAGCCAGACUUCUCUGUUCCUAGGCAACAUGAGGACUUUAUCUGGCUCCAUGACACGCUGGUUGAGACUGAGGACUACGCUGGGCUCAUCGUGAGUGUCCUGUUAAGUCCACCACACACACACACACACAGGUUUGGGACUAUGCUGGGCUCAUUGAGUGACUUAAGUACUAGAGCUGGGUGAUGUGGAGAAAAAUCCAUAUCUCGAUAAAUUGCCUGGAUUGAUGCGAUAAUGAUAAAUAGAAUGAUAUGUUUAAAACAUUAAUGUGCACCACAGUACUUUUUGUAAAAUCCUUAACUACUACUACUAGUUUGAUGGUUGUAGCCAUCAGUUGUCCCAUUAACAAUCACCCAUAUUAGCAAACAUUUUUCAUUUCAAACUUCUCUAGUAUAGGCUACUUAUCGUAAUAAAAGAUAUCAGCAAAAUGCCUGUGAUAAGUGAUCGGGAUGGUCAGUGUCGAUCAUUUUCAGUUUAUCGUCCCAGCUCUAGUCUACGGAACGCGCACACACACACCACUUAUUUAUAGUAUAGUUCACACUAGGGCUGUCCCCGACUAAAAUAAGUCUUGGUCGACCGAAAGUCGUCUGUUCUUUCGACUAAUCGAUAGGUAAACAUUUUUACCCGUGUAUUUUUCCAUAUAGACACACCCUAUGUGUUUUCAUAAAAUCAACUACAGUGAGGGAAAAAAGUAUUUGAUCCCCUGCUGAUUUUGUACGUUUGCCCACUGACAAAGAAAUGAUCAGUCUAUAAUUUUAAUGGUAGGUUUAUUUGAACAGUGAGAGACAGAAUAACAACAAAAAAAUCCAGAAAAACGCAUGUCAAAAAUGUUAUUAAAUUGAUUUGCAUUUUAAUGAGGGAAAUAAGUAUUUGACCCUCUCUCAAUCAGAAAGAUUUCUGGCUCCCAGGUGUCUUUUAUACAGGUAACGAGCUGAGAUUAGGAGCACAUUCUUAAAAGGGAGUGCUUCUAAUCUCAGUUUGUUACCUGUAUAAAAGACACCUGUCCACAGAAGCAAUCAAUCAGAUUCCAAACUCUCCACCAUGGCCAAGACCAAAGAGCUCUCCAAGGAUGUCAGGGACAAGAUUGUAGACCUACACAAGGCUGGAAUGGGCUACAAGACCAUCGACAAGCAGCUUGGUGAGAAGGUGACAACAGUUGGUGUGAUAAUUCGCAAAUGGAAGAAACACAAAAUAACUGUCAAUCUCCCUCAGACUGGGGCUCCAUGCAAGAUCUCACCUCGUGGAGUUGCAAUGAUCAUGAGAACGGUGAGGAAUCCGCCCAGAACUACACGGGAGGAUCUUGUCAAUGAUCUCAAGGCAGCUGGGACCAUAGUCACCAAGAAAACAAUUGGUAACACACUACGCCGUGAAGGACUGAAAUCCUGCAGCGCCCGCAAGGUCCCCCUGCUCAAGAAAGCACAUAUACAGGGCCCGUCUGAAGUUUGCCAAUGAACAUCUGAAUGAUUCAGAUGAGAACUGGGUGAAAGUGUUGUGGUCAGAUGAGACCAAAAUCGAGCUCUUUGGCAUCAACUCAACUCGCUGUGUUUGGAAGAGGAGGAAUGCUGCCUAUGACCCCAAGAACACCAUCCCCACCGUCAAACACGGAGGUGGAAACAUUAUGCUUUGGGGGUGUUUUUCUGCUAAGGGGACAGGACAACUUCACCGCAUCAAAGGGACGAUGGACGGGGCCAUGUACCGUCAAAUCUUGGGUGAGAACCUCCUUCCCUCAGCCAGGGCAUUGAAAAUGGGUAGUGGAUGGGUAUUCCGGCAUGACAAUGACCCAAAACACACGGCCAAGGCAACAAAGGAGUGGCCGUGGAAGAAGCACAUUAAGGUCCUGGAGUGGCCUAGCCAGUCUCCAGACCUUAAUCCCAUAGAAAAUCUGUGGAGGGAGCUGAAGGUUCGAGUUGCCAAACGUCAGCCUCGAAACCUUAAUGACUUGGAGAAGAUCUGCAAAGAGGAGUGGGACAAAAUCCCUCCAGAGAUGUGUGCAAACCUGGUGGCCAACUACAAGAAACGUCUGACCUCUGUGAUUGCCAACAAGGGUUUUGCCACCAAGUACUAAGUCAUGUUUUGCAGAGGGGUCAAAUACUUAUUUCCCUCAUUAAAAUGCAAAUCAAUUUAUAACAUUUUUGACAUGCGUUUUUCUGGAUUUUUUUGUUUGUUAUUCUGUCUCUCACUGUUCAAAUAAACCUACCAUCAAAAUUAUAGACUGAUCAUGUCUUUGUCAGUGGGCAAAAGUACAAAAUCAGCAGGGGAUCAAAUACUUUUUUCCCUCACUGUAUGGUGAUACGGCCUCAGCAGAAGUCGGGGCUUUCAUACUUCUUGCGCUUGGUGGAGCAGUGCAGAGCUGUUGUCAAGGAAGUGAGUUUGUGUUUUUUUACCGUCAACCAAUCAUGUCAAUGCGGAGCUAUACAGAGCCCUCCGCAUUGUUACAAAAUUUGGGAGGCGCAUGGCUAUGUGUAUGGAGCUUGAUUUGGCCUCUGCAUGCCUCCGGAGGUUCCGCAAUUGCGUCAAACCCUCCAUAUGGAGCCUCCGACCACGUUUUUGGAUCAAGCAUAAAUUGGCUUUUAGUCUAGGCCUCCGCAAUGGAUUAGUUCACUGAGAUGUGUGCGAAUAUAUAUUUGUUACUGCUCGACUAAAACAAUCUCGGUCGACCAACAGCCUAACGACCAAACAAUCGACCAGUCGACUAAUUAGGGUCAGCCCUAAUUCACACUCACAGUCAAUGCUGCCACUGUGGAUGUAAUUUCACAAGUUCACUGUCAGUACAAGUGAGAGUGUUAUUUGAUGAAGGGGAAGGUGCAAAGGACUCUGGUAUCUGCUCAUAUGUUUUUAAAACCAUCAGCUAUAUCAACUGAGUUUUAUUGCAGCUCUGCAUGCAUGGACAUGCCUGUGGGUGGCAGGAAGCUAGUAGUUGGUGUAGGAAAUCUUACCUGAAGCUCCAUCUGCUCUCCUCUUUUUUUUUUUUUUCCUCCUCCUCUCCCCUUCCUCCACCUCUCUUCCUCUACCUCUACCCCUCUCCUCCUCCUCCUCUCCCCCUCACCCUUCUCCCUGUCUGUCCAGAUCCCUCCAGCCCCACCGAAGCCAGACUUCGAGAGCCCCAGGGAGAAGAUGCAUAAACUGGGAGAGGGUGAGGCCACCAUGACCAAGGAGGAAUACACCAAGAUGAAGCAGGAGUUAGAGGCGUGAGUUCUGACCCUUACCCCUUGUCACUGUGUCCAAGCUUCAUUGGCAUAGUUUUGCAUGUUUAAAUGAUGUUGCUCUGGAAAAUGUUGCUUCCCUGUGGGAAGGAUUCUGGUGAUCUCCAGCUUGUGUGUGUGUGUGUGUGUGUGUGUGUCUGUCUGUGUCUAUGUGCGCUCUAUCAGUUAGUAAUUUGCUGUCUACCGGCUCUCUGUCUCCCAGUGAGUACCUGGCUGUAUUUAAGAAGACUGUACAAGUCCACGAAGUAUUCCUGCAGCGAUUAUCUUCUCACCCCAUCCUGAGCAAGGACAGAAACUUCCAGAUAUUCCUGGAGUAUGACCAGGAUGUGAGUUUGACACUUGGAAAAGGAAACAUAGAAGACAGACUGCACUUUCCAACAGUACUGACUUCCUGGUUUGCUGCUGGGUCGUGUUCACUAGAGCACACCGUAGCAAAACAUUUCCCAAUGCAGUUCAGAUAGUAUCUCUCUGUUUCGAGUCGGUUUCUUCCAUUUUGUGCCUAGUGAACACGACCCCCUCCCCCUUGUCAGGCAGUACUGUAGGAGGUAGAGAUGGAGGAUAGAGGGAGGGGGAUAGAGGAAGAGAGGCAAGCAGACCUAGGACACACAUCCUGCUGCUGAGUUCAGCUCUAAUUCCAAACCCCUCGGUCAGUGGAGCUGUUAGUCAGCUAGGGUCUGCUGAGAUGGUUUUGUUUGUCCUUUUGGGAAAUGUUAUACAGGCAUUUAUUUAUAAAAAUAUCAGGAAAAACCUAAACACUUAUUGUAGUUCUUACUCUCUUUCUUCAUUCCUAUGUGGAACAAAAGGCUUCCACAAGACGGUACCACAGCUAUUGUAGCUCACAUAAUCAAUUUUACAUUGCAAACUUGUACUGUGGUCUCAUUGGCUGAAUAAAUAAUUUCCCUCCCUACGAUUGGUCCGCAUAGCUGACCGUACGGAGGAAGAACGCCAAGGAGACGUUUGGGAGUUUCUUUAAGAACAUGGUCAAGAGCGCUGACGAGGUCAUCAUAUCAGGGAUAAAGGUGGGUGUGGCCUCCUCGUAUAUCAUACAAUACUAGCCACGUUCGAGAGCAUCAAAUCCGUGAGGCAUUGUGGGUAAAUUGUGACUGACUGACUGAUCUACAAACAAUAAUGACUAGUUAUUUAUUUAUGCAAGGUGAUUUCAAGAUCAGUCAGCAGUCGCCUGCAUUGUCAAACAAGCCCAAUGCUUUUAUUGUCUAUUUCCAUGAAAUUUCAUUUUGUGUAAGGUCAGCAAUGCAUUAUAAACUAGAUGCAGAAAGUCAAUGCAUUACAGUAGCAGACUUUAAAAAAGAGAAACAAAUGCACCCACAGAUCGUCACGGUUUACAAGCUGAGCAGGGACCUUCGUAUCCAGGAUGAAGAUCUGGCUUUGUGUGUUUGACUGUAUCUUAGGCAGAAGGUUGAUGUUUUUUAAAUGAUUUUUCUUGCAGGAAGUAGAUGAUUUCUUUGAGCAGGAGAAGACCUUCCUACUUGAUUAUUCGUCCAAGAUCAAAGACUCCACUGCCAGGGCAGAGAAGAUGACACGCUCUCACAAAAGUAUGAUUUGAUAACAACAACAACCAACUUUAAUUGGAAAUUUGUCUUUUUGCUUUUUGAGUUAUUGAUAAGAACAGUGUUUUUUCGUCAUAGCUGAAUCAAUCAAUCACAUGUAUUUUAUAUAGCCCUUUUUACAUCAGCAGUUGUCACAUAGUGCUUUGCAGAUACCUAGCCUCAAUGCUGGACUUGGACUGAAAUAGGUGCCGGUACUCAUUUUGGGUGCCGGUACUGUUUAUAGUUAGGUGCAGGAGCUCCACAAUACUUUUGAGCGAAUAUUCUAUGAGAGGAACAGAACAUUUGAGGUGCCGGUACUCAACUCCUGCCCAAGUCAAACACUGCCUAACCUAAAACCCCAAAGAGCAAGCAAUGCAGAUGCAGAAGCACAGUGGCUAGGAAAAACUCAGAAGGCAGGAACCUAGGAAGAAACCUAGAGGAACCAGGCUCCGAGGGGUGGCCAGUCCUCUUCUGGCUGUGCCGGUUAGAGAGGAACCAGGCUCUGAGAGGUGGCCAGUCCUCUUCUGGCUGUGCCGGUUAGAGAGGAACCAGGCUCCGAGGGGUGGCCAGUCCUCUUCUGGCUGUGCCGGUUAGAGAGGAACCAGGCUCUGAGAGGUGGCCAGUCCUCUUCUGGCUGUGCCGGGUAGAGCGGAACCAGGCUCCGAGGGGUGGCCAGUCCUCUUCUGGCUGUGCCGGGUAGAGAGGAACCAGGCUCUGAGAGGUGGCCAGUCCUCUUCUGGCUGUGCCGGGUAGAGCGGAACCAGGCUCCGAGGGGUGGCCAGUCCUCUUCUGGCUGUGCCGGGUAGAGAGGAACCAUGCUCUGAGAGGUGGCAAGUCCUCUUCUGGCUGUGCCGGGUAGAGAGGAACCAGGCUCUGAGAGGUGGCCAGUCCUCUUCUGGCUGUGCCGGGUAGAGAGGAACCAGGCUCUGAGAGGUGGCCAGUCUUCUUCUGGCUGUGCCGGGUGGAGAUUUUAAGAGUACGUGUGGCCAUUAAGGCCUGAUCGGUCUUCAAGACGUGAACAGCAGGAUGUGUGGUAACAUUGUGGGCUGUGACCAAAGUGGUGCAACUUCUUACAGUAUGUUACCCAUGCUGAGUGUUUUUUAUUGAUUGCUUGGAAUUUACAGCCAUUGGCCCUUGGCCUCAGGGAGACCACCUAGAGGUCACCUAGGAUACCAGGUUUUGCAUUAUGGCGACCCCUAACCUCUUGGAAGUCACUGGGGCUGAGUUCAGAUUUUAAGGAGGGCCAAGAAUUUCGAUUUCCGAUUUUAACAUUAACACAUUGUGUCUUUUAUCUCAGAUGUCGCUGAUGAUUACAUCCACAUCUCUGCCACUUUGAACAGUCUCUCUGUCGAUGACAACACAGCACUUAAAAAGUGAGUAACAAUAUGAAUACACUAUAGUUCGAAGUAUACGAAUGGUGCCAUUGUUUCCUCAAGCCAACUACGGGUGGCUUAAUCUCGGUUAACCCAGAACUAAAGUCUGGCUUAAUUGGUCAGACGCUUGAUUAAGUUCUGGGUCCUUACGUGUUAAGAGAAGAUGUGAAGAGAUGCUAGAAUGAGGAGCUCCAACCUCUCUCUUUGCAGAUUACGGGCAAUUAUAUGGGCGAAAUCGUGAUUUGUCCAAAUAAUCAGUGAUGGAAAACCCAAGCACCGGAACUAUUGCUGCUUGUUAGUUAUUGGUGCCCAUAGUAUAACGACCGAUCUACGGUACCGUCUAUGUUUACGUAGUCUGGCCAUGAGAGAUUACGGGUUGCUAAAUUAAUGGUUUAUAUCUCACACAAUAUCGGCAACAAAAAAAAUCUGACUUUGCCCAGGUGUUCAUGGUUUGUGUAUUCCCUUCAGGCACCUUGAGAAGUUUGCGGACCUGUUUGAGAAACUAAGGGUAAGAACCACAGUGCUGAUCUUCUGCACUUCUCAUCCUCGACUAUCUAUUUUUCUAUUCUAGGUUUUUAUAUAAUCCCUAUAUUGUCAAUUUCCAUGCAAAUUCAUUUUGUGAGGUCAGCAAUACAUUUAAACACUUGUGUGUGCAUUUGCUUUUGUGAGCUGUGCAAAUGUCUACAUUUUUUACAUUUGAGUCAUUUAGCAGACGCUCUUAUCCAGUUAGUGCAUUCAUCUUAAGAUAGCUUGGUGAGACAUUUCUCAGUCAUAGUAAGUACAUUUUUCCUCAAUAAAGUAGCUAUCAGCAAAGUCCAUGCUAGUAGGAAAAGUCAAGUGCGAGUGUUAGUUAUUUAUAUAUAUAUAUAUAUAUAUGUGUGUGUGUAUGUGUGUAUAUAUAUAUAUAUAUAUAUGAAUGUGUAUCUUAGGUUCUUUGAGCAUGGCGGUAGCAUCAAUGUUCUAUCUAUCUGGUCCUGCCUGUAGAAAGUGGAGGGUAGAGUGGCGUCAGACGAGGAGCUGAAGCUCACAGAGCUGCUCCGGUACUACAUGAGGGACAUCCAGGCAGCCAAGGUGAGCCACGUCUAGUCUAUCUGUUUCUCUCUCAAAAACCCUCUAACUUUUAUUGAAUCGUUUUUUUCUCAAUACACGUGGAAACACGAUAGGCGUGCAUAUUACAUGCAUAUAACAUGCAUAUUACAUGCAUUCUCUGUGAGAUGCUGUCUGUGUAUGUGUCUUAACCGCUAUAUGGGUGUGUGUGUCAGGACCUGUUGUACAGGCGAGCCCGGGCCCUGGCUGACUAUGAGAACAGUAACAAGGUUCUGGACAAGGCCCGGCUGAAGAGUAAAGACAUCGCCCAGGCUGAGGAGCACCAACAACAGUGUCUGCAGAAGUUUGACAAGCUCUCCGAGUCGGGAAAAAGAGGUGUGUGUGUAAGACAGUGUGCAUGUGUGUUUGGGCUAAAAUUUUCUUCCAUAAUACAGUACAGUGAGUAAACUGCCAGUAUGGUGUUCUCCUCCCAGAGCUGACCAGUUUUAAGGGCAGGAGAGUGGUGGCUUUCCGUAAGAACCUAAUAGAGAUGGCUGAACUGGAGAUCAAACACGCCAAGGUGAGUCAGGGUGCACAUAGUUGUUUUUCCUUCCUGUAUUUGAGAUUGUUUGGAAUAUGCAGUAAUGAAAUACAGGGGGAGGAGAGAGAUCGAAUGACACACAAAUAGAAGCUGUGGGAUUCAAUCCCACAUUAACACUUAACUGUAUUAUGUGCUGCAGGAAGCAUUCCCGACUAAACAAACCCCAGACACAACACUCUACAUUGUUGGUGCUUUUCUCUAUAACUCUAGCAACUAUGAGCAAAAUGUGGUUCAUGUUAUGUACCCAAAUCCUUGUGAAAUGUCAUUUGUUGUUGAAUGGAUAUGAUACUGAUAUCCCUGUUCUCUCUGUAACCACAGAACAACAUGGCUCUGCUGCAGGGCUGCAUUGAGCUUCUCAAGAGCAACUGAACCACCUGUCUCCUACCAACCCUCCCAGACCACCAGACCAGACCACCACCCACUGACCAGCUAGCCUGGGUGCCAGUCUGUUUUUUGCUGUCUUGCCAACUCCAAAUGGAACUGUCAUGCAGAACGGUGCCAAUGGAGUAGGCAAAAGCACAAACAGAUCUGGGACCAGGCUACUGACCCAGCCUUUGAGAAUGGAACCUUGAUACCCCUUCUUACCACCC